UUUCCCUUUUCCGUUCGCCGUUUAGUUAUUAUUUUAGAAGGAACCAGUUUCUCAUGAAGACCGUUUUGCUAUGAUUUCGUCUCUGCGAGUGAUUAUUAACAAUCGAACUUGUUAUCAAUCGUUCACUCGAUUUAAUUUGAUACGACAUUAUGGGAAGACAUCCUACAGCUGCCAAAAGUUCCACCCUUAUUCUUCGGGAUCCAACUUGACCAAAUGCAAAUGGGAUUCUCUACAUUCUGCUCAAUCUAAUAUCUACAAAUAUUCUACUCUUUGCCAACCAAAAACUACAAAUUUUGUUGAAAACAAUGGCCUCAGGAAGUUUAAACCAUACCAAAACACAAGUAUCUUAUCCAAAAAACAUUCAUUCUUCCCUCUUUAUAAUCAUGAGAGGACAUUUUCUAUGGAAUCUUAUUAUAGGUUUUUCUCUCCAGACUUUUUACCAAUAAAAUAUUCAUAUGAAUUUCUCACUUAUAUUCACACCCUGACUGGCUGCCCCUGGUGGGCCAGUAUACUUGUUGGCACCUGUCUGUUGAGGUCCUUUAUAACUUUUCCUUUGGCUGUUUAUUCAUUAUACAUUAUUGCAAAAGUCGAGUUGCUUCAACCUGAGAUACGGAGACUGUCGCAUCGCCUCAAAAUCGAAACUGCUAAAGCUGUACGGCAAUUUGGAUGGGAAAUGAACCAUGCUCGGAUUAAGUAUAAUCAUUCGCUUAAAAAAUUGAUUCGUGAUUUGUAUAUCAGGGACAACUGUCACCCACUGAAGGCCACUUUACUUGUAUGGAUCCAGAUACCCAUGUGGUUUUCCUUAUCAUUUGCUCUGCGCUACAUGAGUGAUUUCACACCUGGCCUCAAUCAAGAGAACCAUCUCUUCCACCCUGAGCUGGAGACUGAAGGCCUGCUAUGGGUCUCCAACAUGUUGCUACCAGACAGCACAUGGAUCCUUCCCGUAGCACUUGGACUCAUUAACCUUUCCAUUAUUGAAAUGUAUGCAUUACAAAUGAAGAACACAAGUAAAUUUUCAAAAGUAGUAACAAACCUCAUUCGGUGUCUCAGUAUUGUAAUGAUACCAAUUGGAGCUUCCGUCCCAAGUUGUAUGUGUUGGUAUUGGACAUGUUCCAGCCUUUAUGGUCUUCUUCAGAACAUUGUGUUGAAAUUUCCCAAAGUCAAGCGAACUCUCAAGAUUCCAGAAACACCAAGUGAAAGUAAACAGCCACUUCAAGACCUUUUCGCUGCUGCUAAAAAGAAGUACACCUGGAAGAAAUAGGGCCAUACUUUUGGAUUUUCCAAAAAGAGAAAAAAAAAA